UCCGUGACACAUCGCGAUCGACAUCGCUCCGCGUUCUAUACAUAUCUGUUGUCUAUCGAAAGUGAGCCUGGCGCGGAAAUAAGUAUCGGGAGUGCCGAAAUAGCGAUCGUCGAUAUACUACAACUGUAUGACAACAACUGUUGGAAUUAAUGUUUUAUAAUAAUGCGAUUAAUGUCGUUGCGUUAUGUAAAGCAUUGAAGUGGGCGUGUUUUUCGCGGUCAGGUUCUCGCUCAUACACAUACAUAUGAUAUUUCGUAUGCAUAUACACGUAAAUAAAUUUAUGACAGUGCGUAAAGAGAAAAGAUCACGUGCAUGUUGAAUGAAAUAUAAGUUCGUACGCAAUGAUCCACGUUCUUAACUACGCAAUUAUGCGCUUAGCACGGACACGAAUCGCCAGGAAAUGCGCAUAGAAUAGACACGUACUGAAUCGCUGCUUUACCGGCAUCAUCUGAAAAUGGGCGUAGGGAAUGUAGUUCCACCUGAAAAAUGGGUGCAGAUGGCGCAUCGCACCAACGUAAAAAUCGGUGUCUUCCAAAACAUAUAGCGUAGCCGCUCUCAGGCUUCUCUCUGAUAUUACCCAUCCUUGGUCGGCGCUGGCAGUAGGUGCGUUCAACGAACUCAACAGUUGCGUAACAGUUGAGCAAUUCGUCAAUAUAAUUGGUCUAAAGUUAGAGAUCUAACAGUAAGGACCAAUAAUCACUGACCGCUCACUGAUCAGCUAUGUUUUCUGAACGCAGCCAAUAAUUUUGGAACACAACCUAAGUCUGAUGUAAGAUAACGAGGUUAGGUUCCUAAAGUGACAGGUGCUUGUUGCAAAACUUUAUUUAGAUAUUGCAAGGAUUUUAGAUGUUUUGAUUUACCGUUUCCACAAUUUAUUUGAAAAAUGGAAGUUAAGGCGAAGAGUGAACAUUUGCUUGCUUUGAAAGUAAUGAGAUUGACAAGACCAACUCUGGCAAGUCCUGUAGUCGUUACAUGUGAUUCAACAGACUUACCAGGUAAUACAUUGAACAAUGAACUCAAGAAUGAUUGUACAGCUUUGCAAGGUAUGGAAGCACUUGCUAUAGGACAAUUUAUGGUACUACCUCAGAGUUUUGGAAACAUAUAUUUAGGAGAAAUAUUUUCCAGUUAUCUAUGUGUACAUAAUGGUAGCAAUCAAGUUGUAAAAAAUGUUACUGUAAAAGCAGAUCUACAGACAAGUACGCAGAUAAUUUCUCUUUCUGGUAAUAAUUUAGAAGGAAAAGAAUUAGUACCUGACAGUACAGUAGAUGAAGUAAUUCAUCAUGAGGUGAAGGAGAUAGGUACACAUAUAUUAGUUUGUGAAGUAUCUUAUACCUGUGCAAAUCAAAUUGGGCCUCCACUAUCAUUUAGAAAAUAUUUCAAGUUUCAAGUGGUCAAGCCACUAGAUGUGAAAACCAAAUUUUAUAACGCUGAGUCCGACGAGGUAUAUCUUGAAGCACAAAUUCAGAAUCUAACAGCUGGACCAAUUUGUUUAGAAAAAGUUGCCCUAGAGUCAUCCUAUUUAUUCAGUGUGUCCACGUUAAAUACGAACGAUGAAGAAGAAUCUAUCUAUGGAAGAGUGAAUCUACUGGAUACAGGCUGUAGCAGACAAUAUCUGUAUUGCUUAAAGCCACAGCUGAGUUUACUGAAAGAUCCCAAAAUGAUGCAGAACGCCACAAAUAUUGGGAAAUUGGAUAUCGUGUGGCGGAGUAAUUUAGGAGAGAGAGGAAGGUUGCAGACGAGUCAAUUGCAAAGAAUGGCACCUGAGUACGGAGAUCUGAGAGUCACGGUCAAAGACAUUCCCUUGAAAGUCUAUCUCGAGGAACCAGUUAAUUGCAAAUGUCACAUAAUAAAUACCUCGGAAAGAAGUAUGGAUCUGCUGUUGAGCUUAGAGUCGAAUAAUUCCAUAGCUUGGUGUGGGAUGUCGGAUACGACGAUCGGCACUCUGAAGCCUGGAGCUUCUAUGGACAUACCUCUUUGCUUAAUCACGCUGGACACAGGCAUCAUCACCGUCUCCGGCCUGAAGCUUACGGACACGUUCCUGAAAAGAGUUUACGAAUAUGAUGAUUUAACGCAGAUUUUUGUUAAUCAACUGGAUUGAAUGAUGCACGCGCGAUAAGAACGUUCUCAUCAGCAUUUAUUAUUUAUAAGUAUAAUAAAGAUUGCGUCAAAUUAUUCUUAUAUAAUGAAAAAAUGUAAUGUAUGUAUUAGAGUUAUGUGAAAUUAAUUAGAAUUGGGAAAAAAUGUUUUCAUAAAUAUGUAUCUAAUGUCGA